AAGUCAGAAGCCAUCAUGGCACCCCCUUCAUCUCCAACUGACCACCACAUCAUAGCCUUGCAGGGCGACUUUAUCCGAAUCCCCCAGUUCGAACUACCUGCUCCUUAUACUAGCACCACAACAAUUUACGGACAGACCUCACUACCGGAACUCCACGCACGCAUUCACGAUGCCUCGAUUUUGGUCCUAUCUGCGCUGCGAAUCGAUGCAGAUGCACUGUCUCCCGAAGUGACCCCAUAUCUCGAACUGAUCGUGAUAGUGGCCGCGGGCACCGACUGUGUGGACCUAGAAGCAUGCAGGAAGAGGGGCAUUCUCGUGAGCAACUGUCCCGCGGCAAACACCGAGGCCGUCUCCGAACACGCGAUCGGGUUGUAUUUUGCUGCCCGCCGGAGAGUCCUGCGUGCGCACACAUUAACCCGGGCUGGCGAGUGGCCCCGGAAAAAGACCCUGGUAUUCGACUGUCUCAAUCACGACGGGACGCAACCCCUGACCUGCCAGGAGGAGGUGGCCGGAAUUAUCGGAAAUGGCGCUGUCGGGAAACGGAUCGCCCAAUUAGCCCGCGGGAUGGGCAUGAAGGUGAUUAUUGCCGAGCGCAAACUAUUCGGGGAUGCCAGCGCCUCGAACCGGUCUGACAGCAAUCAAGAGAGAGUCGCUUUCGACGAGGUUAUUAAGCAGAGUACAGUGCUUUUCAUAGCAGUCCCACUGGCACCCUCUACGCGGAAUCUCCUCUCGACCGCCGAGUUCGAAGCCAUGUCCCCCCACGCGGUUGUGGUCAAUGUGUCGAGAGGAGGAGUGGUGGAUGAAGAGGCACUCGUGCGGGCAUUGCAGGAAAACCAGAUCAUUGGGGCUGCAACGGAUGUGUUUGCAAAGGAGCCCGCUGGGCCGGAGAACUCCCCCUUGCUGGCCGAGGGGACCGAGGAUCUGAAUCUGGUUCUUACGCCUCACUUGGCAUGGGCCACGCAGAAGACGCUGGUGAACUAUGAGCGGUUGUUGAAGGAGACGGUGGAGAAGUGGAUGGUGGGAGAAUUCAUGAAUGUAGUGACGUGACGAAGCCUGGUCUAAUAGAUGCCAAGAAGCAUUGUUAAAUCAAUCCUUUUAGAAGUGUACACUGAAAUCAUUUUGGUGACGACUUCUAGUGUGCUCUGGGGGAGGGGGGAUCACUGAUUGCUCAAAAGAAUACUUAGAAGGGGAAGCUAGACAAGAGGGGAGUUUACAAAAGCCUCAUUCUAUGGUGAAGCAUAGGAUGACCAAUUCCAGGGAAAUG